GUUCCAGUGUGGUAUGUAGGACAGUUGUGACAAGGCAUGUAUUAUUUUUCUAUUGUGAUGAAUACACUAGCAGGUUCACAUUUACCACAUGACGUAUCACAACUGUAAUAGUUGAUUAUGACAUGGAGGUAGCUUCUAAAGCUCCUUUGAUUCGCUCCCAAAGAUUUCUCCUGGUGAUACUUUCAUUCACUGGUACACUCGUUGUCCUCACGUCACGCAUCAAUCUCUCAGUGGCUAUUGUAUGCAUGGUUCGAAGCUCGACUAUCAACGUCACCCUGACGUCUUCGUUUGACGAUGAGCCUGGAAGCAACACGUCAAGGAGUGGCCAGAAGUGUGGUGAUGUGGUUGUCACCAGGAACACUUCUGAUAGUAAUGCUGGAGAGUUCGAUUGGGAUAAAAGUACAAUCUCCGAAAUGUUGUCAAUCUUCUACUAUGGAUAUAUUAUAACCCAGAUACCAAGUGGUUGGCUUGCAUCACGUUACGGAGGCAAAAGAAUUUGGGGAGUGAGCAUGUUGAUCUGCUCAGUGUGUUCACUUCUGACACCACUUUGUGCCAGAAGUCACGUGUAUUUGGUGUACGCUGUACGUUUUAUCCUUGGAUUGGGAGCAGCUGUAUCUUUUCCUUGCAUUCAAGCCAUGUUAGGUAAAUGGGCGCCUCCCUUUGAAAGGAGCAAGCUGUCUUCAUUCAUUCUCUCAGGUAUCCCAGUUGGCAGCAUUACAACCUUUGCAUUUGCUAGUCUGUUGUGUCAGUAUGGCUUUGACAAUGGUUGGGGCUCUAUCUUCUACUUAUCAGGUAUAAUCAACCUGCUUUGGGUGGCAGCCUGGUUUUACCUGACUGCUGAUUCUCCAGCACAACACAAGUGGAUAUCGGAAAGAGAAAAGAUCUACAUAGAAACAUCCAUUGGCAGAGGCGCCAUUAGAAAAGUCCAUGACGUGCCUUGGUGGAACAUAUUGACCUCCUUACCUGUAUGGGCUAUUGUUGUAGGUCAAGUGUGCAAUAAUUAUGUGCACUUUAGUUUUAUCACUUUGCUACCCACCUACCUGAAAGAAAGUUUAAACUUUGAUAUCAAACAGAACGGACUGGUAUCAUCGUCACCCUAUCUCAGUCAGUUCGUGUCAUCACUUCUGGUGGGCGUUGUGGCCGAUGUGGUCAGAGAGAGACGCUGCAUGUCCACUACAGUAACGAGACGAGUAUUUCAAAGUAUUUCAUUUCUAGGAAUGGCACUAUGUAUGGUCAGUGUUGGUCAGUUAGAAUGUGAACAACGCUACAUUGCUGUGGUCCUGAUAUGUCUUUGUACUGUGUUUAUGAGUUUCAACAGAGGAGGUUAUCUUGUUAAUCAUUUGGAUUUAGCACCCAGCUAUGCUGGUAUCUUGUUCGCAUUCACUAAUACUGUUGGUACAGUUCCUGGAAUGGUUGCGCCCAUUAUUGCUGGAGCAUUGACCCCGAACAAAACUUCAGAAGAAUGGAAUCAUGUUUUCUAUGUUUGUGCUGGAUUAACAACUCUUGGGGCGGUAGUGUAUUUAUUUUUAUCAGAUGGAGAGCUCCAAGACUGGGCGACAGAGAGUGACGGGAAGUCAAAUUCUGUACAGUACUCUUUCAGUCAGGACCAAGAAACUCAAGCACAGUUCAAACAAAACGAGGCUGAUGAGACUUUAUAGAUUAAAAGAAAUUUCUUGGACCCAGUGAUAUGAGUGAAAUUUUAACUUAAACAUUUAUUCUCUAAUGUUCUUAUAAAUGUUAAAUUUUUAACUUUAUAUCUUAAAUACUAAGCUUCUAGGUGUAUAUAUUUUUGAAAAAAAGGUCGUUGUGACAGGUGGAUGAAAUGUGACGUGUGUUUGGCGCGUUUUAUGUCUAGGGGAUGAUUAUUUUUAAAGCUAUCACACACCAACCUAUCAGCAUAUGAAUCGGGAGCAGACACGCAACGAGACAAGCAAUGAAAGAUAGAUACAAAAGUUAAAAAUGAAGAAUAUUUAUUUACAUAAAUAUACAUAUAAGAAUAAAAAGGGGGAGGGUUUGCAUCUAUCUCUAAAUAGUACUAGAUUUAAUCAUCACUCUUGCAUUUAAUAAGAGAGCAAGUCACUUUGUCCUCUGACUUAGCUGGUAUUCCUGUUGAUGUCGCAGCUGGCUGUGUCCUGGCUUGAGGUUCUGCAGCUGGAGGUGGCGCUCUAGCGGAUAGAGGGACGCCGGUGAUAUAGUUCUUGUGGAGUCUCAAUCCCCAAAAUCUAAUAUCUGUAGUGGGCACAGUAGGGCGGGUGGCUGGCUACCGUGGGCACAAGGUUACUGCGGGCAGAGCUGAUCUGCCGUGGGCAGCGUAGUUGACAGGAUAUUUCCAGUGAGUUGCAGAGGGUUGGCGUAGCUAUGACGUCUCACACAGAUCUGAGUCUAUAGGGACGUCACACCUAAUAAGUUGACAGGUGGGCUGUCGAAUAGGCGGGCAAUGCCGAUAGCGCCAAGUAGUAGAGUUGAGUAGAUCUCAGAAGGCAAGUGCAGUGCUGAAUAGCACUAAGCACAUAAAUAGGUGAUUCUCGAUAGCAAAUAAAUAGGCAGGUAAAUAGGCAGACACCUGAGGGAGGCACCAGGUAUUCCUCUAGGAGAAAGGAUAAAUGAAGUAGUCCAGACUCGAUAGCUCAGCUCGAAUGAGAAAUGAAAAAAUCUGAUUUUAUUUGGAUCUACUUUAUAUAGGCCUGGAAAAUGCGAGCGGAAACAGGAAAUGUCCUAGGCUAAGAAUUGUCUUACACGUGGGUGAAGUCCGACAAGAGUCGCACCUUGGAGUAUCACGCGGUGUGUUGACUCUAUUGAUCUCCUAGAUCAGUGAUGCCCAAAAUACGGCCCGCGGGCUACAUCCGGCCCGAGACGUGGUUCCAUCCGGCCCACCGAAACGUCGACACAAAGUGUAGAAAAUCCAUUAUCCAAAUAAUAAAUUUAAAAAAUAACUUUCCCUACAUAGAGUAAAUCGAUUGGUGUCGAUAGUAAGCCAACAUAUUUGUUUUAUAAAGAAUGAGUGGCUCUUUUUAAAAGAACAUAACAUUAAAGAGCUUUAGGAAAUCA